UUUAAAUAUCCAUGCUCAUAUUAUUACAUCUGACACAAACUUUUCUUCUUUUCCUACACUAUACAUUUGAUAAAGAAUAAAUACGAAACACGCUAGACAAAAUGCACACGUAAAGGACAUUUUCAGCCGGAACUUUUCUCGCUUUUUGUUUCUUCCCGGACUCAAAGUGACAUGACCGGAUGUUGUUAGAAUGUCAAAAUGGCGUUUCGCGUGAUCAGUUUUUGAACCGUAGCCUUACUUUACAGAAAAUGGCUUUGAGGGGAAUUACUUGGAAUGUGUGGGUGCUGCUGGGUCAUAGUCAGCGACGCGCGUCCCCACAAUCAGCUCGUUGUGUCCAUCAGGCCGCCUCCAAGGUAGCGCCCGCAGUGGAAGAGAAUGAAGCAGUGAAUCCUACUUUUGUGAACAGAAACCCUAGGAACUUGGAGCAAAUGGCUUUAGCAGUGAAGGACCGUGGAUGGAAAACUAUUUGGCCUCACAAAGAAUUUUAUCACAGAUUAGUAUUUUCACGUACACAGCACCAUGUCACAGCAGAAGUGUUCUCCCACUCCUCUCCGGACCCGGUGCUCACCUGUUCCACCAAAGAGUGGGCCCUGAAGAGAGAGUUACCCUCCACAAACUGCGUGGCUGCAUGUCAGGCUGUGGGUGAGGUGCUGGCCCAAAGGUGCAGACAGGCAGGUAUCACAAGGAUGGUGUACAGAGAAAUCCCCUGGUCAUACCGCUCGGAUGCUGUGCAGUGCUUCAGAAAAUCAAUGCAGGAAGGUGGAAUUGUUCUCAGUGAACCUCGGCGGAAAUAUAUUGGUACAUAAUGUUUGUGACUGUAGUUGUAAAUAAAAAUGUAACUUACUAAA